AUGCAGGCGGGGCUUCAGCGCCUUGCGCGUAUGCCAGCAGGAGCACACGCUUGCUGGCGCAGCUGGUUAUGCAGGCCUCUGCUCGCUGAACCCGAACCAACACAGGCGGCAACGGGUGCGCAGCUCCCAGCGCUACGCUGGUUUGCAAGCAGGCCGCCUCUGCACCCGCCGCGUCGAAACGUUGGUGUGCCCUCCGCAGAGAUGCGCGGCCGAUUCGAGUCGAUGCUGGAUAGCAUUCGUACCCCGCGUUCGCCAAAACGAGAGUCGCCCAUACCACCGCGAAAGUGGAGAGUUCUUCGCGGCGACUACGUGCAGGUGAUCGGCGGCCCACCGGGCGAUAUCGGGAAAAAAGGACGUGUACUGGAGGUCAUUCGGCGGAGUAAUCGAGUUGUGGUGGAAGGCGUGAACUAUGUGAAGAAGUUUGUUCCGGCGCCGAGUGCAACCGUGGGUGGCGGCCAACGCAAACGCGUUAUCCUGACGGAGGGCCCGCUGCAUGUCAGCAACGUGGCAAUCGUGUGUCCAGAAACUGGUCUGCCGACGCGCGUUGGCAUUCGAUGGCUCGAAGAUGGGACCCGAGUACGAAUCAGCAAGCGAAGUGGUGCGAUUAUCCCGCGUCCGGAGAUACUUCGCCAGCGCCGAACACCGCGACCUUUCGAUGGGCGCGUCCUCGAGUCGCAUGUGACUCGUGUUCAGGAUGCGCAGCGCCGAACGCUGCCUGCAGAGCCCGGAACCUAG